UUAUUUCUUUCUUUCAUACAUGAAAUGAAUGGACAACAAUAGCCGGUAAAAGAAGACGAUGAUAUAUCGAUUUGUGUGCCUCUGAUUUUGGCCGCUAUACUCCUUGUUGAUUUGUGUGAAUGUGUGCGUUGUGAACAAAAAUAACUAUCUAUCUAUACGUACUUCUACGCGUUUAUCUGAAAGUUGCGACUACUGUACUCAUAUUUUACUUAAUUUUUUGUGUAUUUUUGUAUUGUUUCGUCCAAAACACAUAAUCCUUCCGGAUACAAUGGCUCUCUGUGUUUGCAAAUGCCUAAAUGUAACUCUUGAAGGUGAUAAAAUUGAAGACAAUGUCGAUAUUGGGAAACUGGAGUUAACAUCCAUGGAACAAAGGGAUAUUUUUUUCAGUGAGAAGCUGCUAUCGUGCUCUUUAAGCAGCCUGAAGAGCCAGGUGACCCAACCUGCCCUGGUGGAACAGCGACCAGUGGGCAGGUGGACAGUGCACUCCUGCCUGGCUUGUGGAGACGCUACUCAUGCUAUAUCACAUGACAAAAAUGGACCUUAUGCAUUACUUAUUUCUAAAUCUAUUCAGACUACACAAGACCGGAUUAAUAAUUUGAAAAAGUCAAACAAUUAUUCACCUGUAUUUAAUUUAUUAGUGCCAGAGGUAACUAAUGAUAUGGAGAUGAAGGAAAAUGUGGAUACAAACAAUGUUAUAAACAGUGAUAGGAAUGUGUGGCUGCCGACCCAGCAAGUGAUCGGCACACUCAGUAAACAGUUGAAUCAGACUCUGCAGUCACAGCUGGAGGCAGUUGAAGAGUCAGUCAGGCAGUUCAGAGAUCAGAAGUAUGCAGAGUUUGAAGCCUAUAGGGAGAGGGCUCAAAGAGAUCAUAAAAUUUUAGCUAGUAUCAUAAGCAAGGCGCGCAAUAACGUCGACCGAGACAACUGGCGGAUCGACUCGACACUUGACAAUGGACCACCCUCCCCCCAUCUACCCCCUCUACAGAGGAGAAGGCUGUCCUCUUUCAAAGAUGCCAAAAAAGUCACUCAGAAUUAUGCUAAGCCCCCCAGAAAUAUGCAACCCGAAGAAGAUUCGUUAGAAGCAGAAGAUCUCUUUGAUUUAGAAGGCUAUGAUUCGAGGAAUAAUAUGCUCUCUGAUCAGGACGAUUAUGAUUCUGAUCAAGGUAGUAAUGACGAGGGUAUCCAUAUCUCUCGUCCUCGCGGCGGCGGCGGAGUUGAUAUGAUAGCACGUUCUCUACCUAUGAAUAUGCCAAAGUUCCCCGUUGACAGACCAAGUCAUCGGGAUUUGGAUGAUGAUGAGGACCCGCAAGAUAUUGCGGCGAGUAUCAAGGCACUGGCUCGGUCAGUGCACGGCGACGUGUACGAGCUACCGCGGCCGCGCUUCUCCACCCAGAUCUAGCGAGCCUACCCUCGCACCUUCCCCGAUCUCCCCCACAGUCCGUGUAACAUGUUACAAACAAGUACAUGGGCAGCCCCCGCUUUAAUAUACUAAAUCAUUCAAAGUUAUCUCGUCGAGUUGUGCAUGACUGGUGUGCUUGAGUUAUACAUACACUUGCCACACAUUGGUGCUUCAUAUUGUGAUCACAGUGACCCUAAACCCAAAUUAUGAGUAUAAUGUGACUAACAAAGUAACAACUAGUGACAAUACAAGCUACAUUAAACAAACAGAUAUAAUAUGGCAGCUAUAUUUUAACUCCAAACGCUUAACAAAAUGGAUACUUGGGAGUGUUAUAAUGUUAUGGAUUAAGAUAGAAAUAUAUGAAUGGUAAUAGAAUAUAAGAGGCUAUAAUAUAUUACGGUAAGCAGAUUAAUUAUAAAAAAGAUAAAACACCAAAUUGUUUCUAAUGCAAUUAAUAAUGAAAUUAUAACUGAUUUGAACAUAGUUUUCUAUCAUACAUAAUUUUGAAUUAAACAAUGCCAUUUUUGUUAGAUUUCGAUAAGUACAUACUUGUAAUUUUAAUGAGAACAAUAAAGUGUAAUUGUGAUUCAAUAGAUGUGAUAUGUUGAUGUGGUUCAAUGUAUCCAUGGCUAGAAUAUAAUUCGUAAUAGACCAUCAAUUACUGCAGAGUCAAUUAAAACAUGUAACAAAUCAUAUAGUGCUAUAUUUGUGUGCUUAAUGUUCAAAUGCUUGUUGUAACGACUACUAAUACUGAUAUAGUCUAGCCAUGUAAGAGUUAAUGGAUAUAAAAUAGAGUUUGACAAGAUAAUGUUAUAGAGUUGACCUAAGAUAAUAUUGCCAUAUUACUGUGAAAUAUUCUUUUCGGCUGUCGAAUGUUGUCGUACCUAUUAAUUAUAAAUGUACGUGCGAAAGUGUCUUGGUGUCAGUGAAUAUUGUUAAAUGUAUGUAAAUAUAAUGAAAAUUUUAUAGAUGACAAGUAAAAAUAUAACUAUGAAUUGUUAACAUCUAAGUCAUAUCCAUGUUAAUAGACUUUUCUAUUAUUUUUAUCUGGUGUUAUCUUAAUGAUAAGUGAAAAGUGUACAAAAAUAUGAAUACCUUGCAUUUCUUACUAGUCUUUUAGGGUCACGAAAUAUUUUUUCAUUGUUAACAUUAUUUUCAGUAGGUAGUUAUAAAAUCGCAAACAUAAAAUCAUAAAUUGUACAUAAGAGAUCAUUGUUAUUACGUUAAAUAACGAUACAAUAUUAACUUUUAUAAUCAUUUAUUUUUGUACCCAAUAUUUUGAAUGUUUAAGUAAAAGGUUAACAGUCAGAAACAGGAGUAGGCUUCCGUGUCGUGACAUCUCGUUUGUAUCGUUUAUCGUUUAUUUUGUAUAACUUGCUUAGUCUUUAAGUUAGGAUACUUUACGUUUUCUUAUCUCGAGUGAAAAUUGAACAAGUGAAACAUAUUUUCAGCGUCUUCCAAUAGCACUGAUUUAUAAAAUUAAAAUAUGUUUUUUAAUGUGAUGUCUAUUUCAGUCAGUUGUUUUUAUUUUAGCUAAAACUAAUAAAUUGUUUCACUGGUGUGAUUAUAAUGAGAUGGACCUUGAUUGUAUGUAUUAGAAGUAAUAAAUAUUGAACGUGUA